AUUGUUGAUCACUUUUUGAAUAUCGGUCGUAUCAGUGUCCGGGCCGUUGUAACCCAGGUCGAUAAUGACCGGCGGCUGGUGCCGGCGUUGCGUGAUUUGUCAUACAGGGAAGAAUUGGGAUCAACGAGCAAGGCCGGCAUUGUCAUGCCGGCGGGAGUGUCCCAGUUCCAAAACGGCAAAGCAAAAGUUGGAUCUCCGAUAAUUUUCCAAGGAUUCUCUCGUAGAAGUACAAGUACCAUCUGUGGAAGAGAAAGAAAAGCCAAGAAUUGUGAAUUUGAAGCUCAAGGUCUGUAA